AAAAGAAGAAAAACAUCCUCCACCGUCACUGCUGACUGCUGACUACGACUACUAAUACCAAACAAUGAAUAAAACAAACUUUUCCUCACUGCAUUCUCUCCCUCUUCUCUUCUGAAACGAACAGAGAGGAACAAAUCUAGCCAGCUCGUCCCCAUCUGCUAUCAGGCCCGCCGCAACUCAAUCAGACAGAGUACAAAAUUGCAGAUUGCUUAGAAUUGUCAUUAAUCAAAAGUCAAAAUUCAUUUUGUCAUGGAAGCUGAGACCCACCUAAGCACCGCGGUACCAAUUUCUAAGAUUGUUGAGGACAAAGACACAGAGCCUCACCAUAUUAAGGUGAAAGAGGUGGGCUUAAAUUUAACAGACAAUGGAGGAAAGAAGGAAGACGACGACACUGAUGGCGAAUUCAUAAAAGUAGAGAAGGAAACUCUUGAAUCAAAGGAACUUGCAAAGACAGCUACCGGAAACUUAACGUUUCCAGAAGAAGACAUUCCAUCCAGUGUCACUGAGCGGAGCUUGAACGUUUCAUCUGAUAGCAGGGAGUUUCUUGAAACACAAGAAAAGGUCAGAGAUCUUGAGGUAGAACUGGAAAGAGUCACAAGAUCACUGAAGGAUUCUGAUUCUCAAAAGGCGCAAUUGAGUGAGGAACUCUCCAUCACAAAAGAGAAACUUGGGGAGAUUGAGAAAAAUUAUGAAGAGCUUGGUAUUGAUCAUGCCAGGUUGAAAGAAGAGAUCUCAGAUUCAGAAGGUAGGCAUAGUUCCCAGAUAAGUGCCUUGCAGGACGCCAUAAAUGUACAAGAAGUUAAGCAUGAGGAACUUGAGAGUAUCAAGGAUUCAUUUCACAGACUUACCCUUGAGUAUGACAGCUCAAGAAAGAAGACAGAAGAGCUUGAGCAGGAUCUGCAAGACACUGCUGACGAGGCCCGGAAGUUUGAGGAAUUUCACAAGCAAAGUGGGUUCCUUGUCGAGUCAGAAACUAAACGGGCCUUGGAGCUUGAGAGGUUGCUUGAUCUGACAAAAGAAAGUGCGAAAGACAUGGAAGAUCAAAUGGCUUCUUUGCAGGCGGAUGUCAAGGUCCUCCGUGAGAAGAUUGCCCAUAGUGAGGAGGUUGAGGAGGAACUCAAGACUACUUCCUCGAAGCUCUCCAGUGUUCAAGGUGAGUUGGAGGCUUCGAGAUUGGAGGUACGUAAUAUGGAAGAGAGGCUUACUUCAAAAGAAGAAAUUUUUAACGAAUUAAACCAUGACUUAGACAUGAGCAGGGCUUCUGAGUCUCAGCUGAAGCAAGACAUACUAUCUCUUCAGAACCAAUAUUUUACAGCCAAAGGAGAUCUUGAGACUAAGAUACUGGAGCUUGAAAAAUCCUUGUCAAAACUGGAGGAGGAAGUUGGUCAAAAAGAGAAACUUGAAGCUAAAUUAAGGGGUCAAGAUGCAGAGUUUGCAAAGAUGGUGGAUGAACUGGGAAAAUUAUCCAAAGAGAAUGAAUCACUUGACUCUGCCGUUUCUGAGCUGACUGAAAAUGCUGUUGUGAUGAAACAAUUGUGCAGUGACCUUGAGGCUAAGUUGCAGAGUUCUGACGAUAACUUCUGCAAAUCUGACACCCUUCUAUCUCAAGCUUUGACAAACAUUGCAGAGCUUGAACAAAAGCUUAAGACGCUGGAAGAGCUACACAAUGAGUCUGGGAACACCGCAACCGCUGCAAACCAGAAAAAUUUCGAGCUUGAGGAAUUGCUACGAAUUUCCAAUUCAGUAGCAGAAGAUGCUAAUGCACAAUUGGUAGAGCUCAAGUCGCAGUAUAUUGCAGUAGAACACAAAAAUUUGGAGCUUGUGCAGCAACUCAAUCUUGUCGAACUCAAAAGCAAUGAUGCUGAGAGAGAGGCAAAGGAGAUCUCAGAAAAAGUAUCCGAACUAGAUGCCACGCUGAUAAAGGUAACAGAAGAAAAGGAACAUUUGAGUGCCCAAGUUCAUGAAUUCCAGGACAAGAUAGCUCAGGUUGAACACGAGUUGAAGGUUGCUUUGGACCAAUGUUCUGAUCAUGAGGGCACAGCCAGUACAGCGAACCUUCGCAACCGUGAACUAGAGGAUUUGAUGCAUAUUUCUCAUUCCAAAGUGGAGGAAACUGGUAAGAAGGUGAGUGAGUUGGAGCUAUUGCUUGAAACGGAGAAGUAUAGGUUCAAAGAGCUUGAAGAACAAAUAGUCACACUAGAAAAGAAAUGUGAAGAUGCAGAAACAAAUUCGAACCAAUACCGUCACAGAGUAUCUGAACUUGAAGAGGAUCUAAAGGCAUUCCAAAGCAAAUCAUCAAGCUUUGAAACUGCAUUGGAAUCAGCAGCAGUUCAAGAAAAGAAACUGACUGAAUGCCUGAAUGUGACCACAGAAGAUAAGAGAAACUUAGAAGAAGCCUUUAGAAACUCGACUGAAAAACUUGUUUUAUCUGAGAAUCUGCUUCAAGUCUUGCGCACUGAAUUAAAUGCUACUCAACAGAGACUGGAGAGCAUUGAAAAUGAUCUAAAUGUAGCUCUCUUGAGAGAAGGUGAGGUUAUGGAGAAGCUGAAGUCUGCUGAGGAGCAGUUAGAGAAACACGGAAAAUCACUGGAGGAAGCUACAAUGAGAAGUCUAGAGUUCGAAUCACAGCAUCUGACCCUUUCUAGAGAUUCUGAGCUUAAACUCCAUGAGGUGCAAUCACUGUAUGAAGAGAAGAUAAAAACUCUUGAAGAUCAGGUAAAGAUUUAUGAAGAGAAGACAAAUGAAUCUACUGAAAGAUCAGAAGCUGUGAAGAAAGAGCUAGAACAGGUUUUUCUAAAACUGUCUCUGUCCGAGAACACUAAUGAAGACUUGAAAAAGAAAAUCUCAGAAACAGCUGAUAGAUCUGAAGAGAUUCUAUCAGAAAAUGAGAUGUUAGCUGCGACAAAUAUACAACUGAAGAAACGAGUUAAUGACCUUGAAGAACAACUUAGUUCAGCCAGCAUAGAGAAGGAAGAUAAUAUCCGAAAUGUUGCUUCUCAUAUGAACACUAUCGCUGAAUUAGCAGAUAAGCACACAAGAGCUUCCAAAAUGCACUUGGCAUCUGAAGCUCGACUUUCAGAAACACAAACAGAACUGGAAAAUGCUAUCCAGAAGUUGACUCAAAAGGACCUUGAAGCUAAAGGAUUAAUGGAAAAGCUAAGCUCUCUUCAAGAUCGGGUAAAAGGAUAUGAUGAAAAAGCUCGCGAAGAAUCUUCUCUUGCUGAAAGUCUCAGAUUUAAGCUGGAAGAGACUCUUACAGCAUUGAGAGAACAAGAAGGAAGCGUGGAGGAACUGAAAAUAAAAUUUACUGAUCUCGAAGAAGACAGAGUACGUGUAUUCGGGGAAAAUGCAGAGCUCACUGCAAAACUAUACUCAUAUGAGCCGAAGGUUGUUGAUUUAGAAAUGAAACUGAAGGCUGCCUUUGUUGAGAGGAAUGAAGCUGUAGACGAGCUUCAAGCUUCAAAGACGGUGAUAGAAAGUUUGACACAAGAGCUCAGUUCUGAAAAGCAGAAGCUGCAAGAUCAGCUAUCGGCAGCUCUAGAGGAAAACAAACAGCUUCACGAAAUGUUUGAAAAUUCUAAUAAGGAACUUCAUGGUGUUAUAGCACACCUUGAAGAACAGCUGAAUGAGCAUGCAUCAAGCAAAAAAACUCUGAAAUCCCAAUUAGAAUCCCUUACUUCUGAUGUCUCUAAGAACUCUGAGGUGCAGAAUCUUGUCAAGGAGCUUGAAGAGCAAUUAACAACUGCUAAAGCUCAAAUUGAGCAACAGAAAGGACUGGACACUGAAAAGGUUAUGGAGUUGGAGUCUUCUUUAAAGCAGAUGGAAGCUAAGAAUAAUGAAAUCUCACUUCUAGAAAAGAAGGUUACAGAACUUGAACAAAAAUUGCAGUUUGCUGAUGCAGACUUAAAAGAAAAGAGUGUAGGAGGGGGCAGUAUUUUUGUGAAGGAAGACGCAGAGGCGAAGUCUAGGGAUAUUGGAUCAAUGGCCGUCUCCUCUCCAUCAAAGCGGAAGAGCAAGAAAAAAUCUGAAGCAUCCACCACUCCAUCUGCAUCAUCCACUGUUACUCAUCAAGUUCGGAGCACCAAUGAAGCUUCUUCCCCUUUCACAGCCCGAUUCAUUCUGGGUGUGGCUUUGGUUUCAAUUAUCAUUGGUGUAAUUCUCGGUAAGAGAUAUUAGAAGCACCCCAAUUCUACAUUUGAGGUAUUCCUUAAUCUUAUUAUUAUUGUAUUUGUAUUCUUCUUUGAGCAUUGCUGGGUGUGGCUUCUAAAUUCCUGGCUUGAAGUCAUUUUGAGAACAUAGUUUUUUACUUCUCGAUUGCUUGCAUAUUUUUAAUUUUACUUUGUAGAAGCGACUUGAUUGGUCCAAAUAGGCAAUUUAUUGUUUUAUUCUAGGAGUACUUUACUAGUACUUCUCAUAGUGCUGGUUUGUAAUGGUCGGAGUAAAAGUAUUACGUUCCGACCAAUGUACAGUGCACAUUUCUUCAUAGUUAUUGCCUCAAUCCUAUGAUCAAUAUGAUGCACGGAACUCCUUGUAAGUAAUAUUUGUGGUUUGAAUGCAUACCAAAAACUCUAUUAUUCCUCUCUUUUUAUAUGCUUGGUUUCAUUUUAAAGUAU